UUAGCCUUACCUUUUCUUUAGGACAAUUUAAGUGCGAGAGUGAGAUAGUAGGUUUGUGUUUGGUAGCUUCAAGUUCUGGAAAGCUACAAAUGAGUCCACCACCCCCUGAAGGACCUGGGCCUCAGGAUUAUUCAGGUUCAUGGCCCGGACCACCUUCCCUUCUUGGCAAUUUCUUCAAUGGACUUUGUAACACCAUAUCUUCUUGGUUGUUUCUACAUAGUCUGCUGUUGCUGGUUGCUACAAGACUGUUUUGGUGCAUCACCUGAACCACCACCAAUUCCAGUGGCCCCACCACAAGCUCCGCCUCCACCUGUGUCUGGCCCACCCGGACCUCUCAGUUUGCCGCCAUCACUAGCUCCUGAUCCUUUUCGGCCUCCUGGCACUCCAAUUGGGCCUCCCAAUUGGGCUUCCGAUGGGCCUCCUGGUAGCUCAUCAGGGACUCCACCGUCUUAUUAAGAAAGAAAAUGUGAUUUUACUGGCAAUCACAUGACAUUUAGUGUCUUUCACUUAUAACCAAGUAGCCAACCCCAAUGUAUACAGCCAAAGAUUUUCUUAAGUUAUGAAACUAUGUAUUGUCAUUGUGAUUGCAUGAGAUCUCAUAAUAUGGACGAAAAGAUUAUUAGAGUUUUUAUUUUA